AUGGCUGAAUAGUCAAGUAUUAUUUUGCAUUUGCACUCUCUCAAGGACAGCAUUAAAAGCGCUUUCAAAGUUUUUGAGGAUAUUGAUAUCCAGUGCCAAGAAGAAGAGAUCAAGCAAAACCAUACCUAGGCGGUAAGUAAGCAAUUUAUCAUUAGGUUGAAGAGAACAAACAAUAUCAAGAACCAAAAUACAUCACAUUAACUGAUUAAAAAAGAGUACUCAAUAAUUUUGAUAAUUUAAUUUGUUAAUUAUAAUUAGUUACACCAUUCUAUAGUGAUCAAAAAUAGUACUAUAUAAAAUAAUUAGUUUAACCUUUGACUAGAGUGACAAGAACAAAAAGCAAGCCCAACUGAAAAACCAAUAGAUGUGGGAUCAAAUUAAGUAAGAAUAGAAAGAACGAUUUGCAAAGUACCAGGAUGAAGCAAUUGUAGAUAAAAUAUUCUAAUUGGAUACUAAACUGAAGGAAGAUUAUGAAUACAGUCUUCAAUACAUGAGUGGUAAUUAAAAAAAAACAAUACAAAUCAAAUUGCAUGACAUUCAAAAAUUAAAUCCACCGAAUUAUUUGAAUGAUGGCAUCAUUAACUUUUAUCUUAAGUUUAUAGAAUCCGAAUUGAUAGAUUAAUCAUUACGAGCCAAAACCUACAUCUUCAAUACAUAUUUCGUAUUGAAACUAUGUGCUUUUGAGAAAUUAUAGAUGAUUGGCUAAAAUGACCAUCCAAAACUGAAUGAACUAUUUAAGUUGUCAUAUGAGUAGAUUAAAAAGUGGAUUAAAGAAGAUUUAACUGAAAAAGAGUACUUGUUAUUUCCGAUUAAUUUGCCAGAACAUUGGUCUUUGUUGAUAGUACACAAAAAAACCAAAUCAUUCGCUGACUCAUUGAUUAUCUACUUGGAUAGCUUUGGAAUUAUGGAUCAAAAACUAAUCACAAUCAUCAAGAUGUAAUAUUUGUAUUCCAUAACAUUUCAAGGUACCUUCACAAAAUCAAUUGUGAUGUGAAUUCAAUUGAAGUCAAUUACAAUGAUUCACCCAUUAAGCUUAUCCCAGCCUAUUAAUUAUUGGUGCCUCGCUAAGUUAAUUACGUUGAUUGUGGAGCAUUCCUUUUAGAAUAUGCAGAAUCAUUUCUAUCAAAUCCCGAUUAUCUAUUGUCAGAUGUUGAAUCCCAAGAUGGAAUUUAUAAAUUAAAAUUGUUUCCAAGAUCAUUGAUCUGUAAUAAGAGGUUGUUGAUGAAGUAACUAUUAAUUGAUCUACUUGAAUUUGAUAAGGAGACUGCCAUUUCUCAGUACUAACAAAAAAGAUAAGCUAUUAUGGACUAAUGCAGUAAGAUUUUAAUUUUAAUUAUAGAAAAUGAAGAAGAUGAAUACGAUCAGAUUGAUUAAGCAGUUUUUAAGGAGUUUACUAAUUAAAAAAACUAAAUGAACAUUGAGCAUAGAUAGUUGCUGCUAGACUUCUAUAUGAAUCCAUAAUAAAAUUAUUAUGAAUAAUGA